AACAUCCAACCGACUACCUGCGACCAGCUCUCCCUCUCGUUACCCGGGCCGCAGUCCUCCCGCUACGCUUCGUGCGCAACCUUCAUCAUGGCGGACCUUUCUAUCGAGGAGGCGAAUAAAAUUCGCGUCGCUAUGGGAAUAGCACCGCUGCCUGUACCUGGCGCCGCUUCUUCUUCAGGCCCUGUAUUUAAGGAAUCCAAGGCUGCAGACGAUUCGGAUGACGAACCAGCGAGCACCGUCGAUACUCGUCAGGCCGCUGCCUACGACAACUGGCAGAAACUCCAGGAUGAGCAGAAAGCCGCCAAGAAGAAAGCAGAGCGCAACGCUGCCAUCAAAAAAGAGGGAGAGAGGGCCGGCCGAUUCGCUAAGUUGGAGGGCAAGGGCCUGGCUGAUGUUGAUGAUGAGGACGAUAUGGCAUGGCUGAAAGGGUCGAAGAAGCGAGCGAAGCAGAUUGCCAAGGCCGAGCAGAUGGCACGCGACUUGGAGGAUCGUGAGCGCCAGGCCAGGGAGGCAAUGCAGUACACUGAGGCUGAUCUGGCUGGCGUCAAGGUUGGCCACGAAGUUGACCAGUUCGAGGAUGGCGAGGAUCAAAUCUUGGUACUCAAAGACACAGCGGUCGACGCUGAAGAUGAUGACGAGCUUGAAGCUGUGUCUCUCAAGGAUAAAGAGCGGCUACAAGAGAAACUGGACACUAAGAAGCGGAAGCGCGUUUACGACCCCAACGAUGACGGCCAGACUGGUAUUCUUGCACAAUACGAUGAGGAAAUCGACGGCAAAAAGCGUAAAGCCUUCACUUUGGAUGGUCAAGGUCGGACUGUCGAACAGGUUCAAGCGGAAGCUGCGGGUGCCUCGAAACCUAAGCGGGUCGCCAUCAGCCUUGAUAUUCUCCAGGAUGAUACCCCAGCCAACGACUACAUGGACAUUUCCGAGGUCAAGAUGAAGAAACCCAAGAAAAAGAAGAAGACAAAGUCUUCCAAGAGGCAGCGCGUGGAGGACGACGAUGAACUCGCAGCCAUGGCAGAGGACCCGGCUGACGAAAUGGAUGUCGAAGAGCCCGUCAGCGUAGCUGGGAAGCCCAAGAAGAAGUUCAACGAAGAUCAGUCAUUCGUUGAUGACGACGAUCUUCAAGCUCAGCUUGCUGCACAGCGUCGACUUGCGUUGAAGAAACGCAAAAAGACUCGCCCCGAGGAUAUUGCUCGUCAGCUUCGUGAAGAAUCUACCCCCGCCACACCCAACUCGGGUGCCAUGGAUACGGCAGAACUACUGGACUUUGCCACGGAAGCUGAUGAUGCUCUAGUGAUUGACGAGACGACCGAGUUUGUACACAACCUAAAAGCUAGCGCCCACGACGACGACGAAGAGGAACUCCGUCAAACCCAGCGCCGAGCCACCAGCCACAUCUCGGAAGGUGUCAAGUCUUCCACCGCUGGCCAAAUCGAUGAUGAUGGCGAUGUCAACAUGGGACAGUCUUAUGCGGAAGCCGGUGAAGCAGAGGACCGCGACGCAGAAGCCACGGAUCCAGCCGCCGCAGCGACAAACCUCACAGAGACAGGUCUCGAAGCAGAGAAAACCACCGACCAAGGCCUGGGAGCUACCCUUGCACUCCUGAGGCAGCGUGGUGUCCUAGCAUCUACCGAUGGUGAUGACAGGAAUGCUCUGACUCGCGAGCGCGAAACGUUCCUUGCCGAGAAGAGACGUGCCGAAGAAAAGGCUGAGCGCAUCAGAAAGGAUCAGCGUGAGCGAGAACGCAAUACUGCCAGAUGGAACACUAUGACGAGGGCUGAGCGUGACGAAUGGUCUCGCAAGAACAAUGUCGCUGCCGAUCAGAUGGAGAGCCGGAUCUCCAACGAUCUUUACAACAAAAAGUACAAGCCCAUUGUGGAACUCAAAUAUGUCGACGAGCAUGGACGACAUCUCGACCAGAAGGAGGCUUUCAAGAUGUUGAGUCACCAGUUCCACGGAAAAGGCAGUGGCAAUACAAAGACCAAGAAGCACCUCGACAAGAUCGCAGCCGAGAACAGGAAGCUUGCAGAGAGCUCUCUGGACAUCAGCCGCGCUGGUGGACUCAGCGGUGCUCAAGACCAGCAAGCGAAGAAGAACAAAUUUGCUGGUGUUCGUCUCCAGUAA